GUGUUUAUCACCUGGAACAUGUAGCGGCGAAGAAUUUACCGCGCACUCGUCUCUCCGGGAGUCUCCAGCUGUCUCCCCCGGGGUCCUCUCAGCUUGUCACAGCCGCAGACAUGACUCUGUCUCUGGGCUGGUUCUCAGCUCUGGCCGCGGGUGUUUUCUCCGCUCAUGUUCUGCAGAAACUCUUAUUCCCUUACUUUUGGAGAGACCUUCUGUUUUUGAUGAAGGUGAUCAGGUACGGUGUGAGGCUGGAGCUGUUCAAGUUUACAUCCAGCGUGUGUACAGUCCUCGACAGGUUCAUUCAGCAAGCCCAGCGCAUCCCCAACAAGCCGUUUGUUAUCUACGAUGGAAGCGUCCACACUUACAGAGACGUCGAACAACGGAGCAACAGACUCGCCAAUGUUUUCUUCGACAGAGUCGGUUUGAGGAAAGGAGACUGUGUCGCCUUGCUCAUGAGCAACGAGCCCGACUUCCUGUGCGUUUGGUUCGGGUUGGCGAAGGUCGGCUGCUCGGUUGCUUUUCUCAACACUAACAUCAAGUCUAAGUCUCUGCUGCACUGCUUUAACUGCUGUGGAGCCAAAACUCUCAUCGUUGGUUCAGAUUUAUUUGAAUGUCUGGACGGCAUCAUAACCAGCCUGCUUGAGGACAACAUUCAGGUGUGGGCCAUGAACAGCCAGAGUGAGCACACAGAGGUGCACACUCUGUUGGAUAAGAUCAAUACUGCCUCUGACCAGCCUGUACCUGCAGUGUUGCGUGUCACUACCUCCCUCAAAUCACCCACCCUGUACAUCUUCACCUCUGGAACAACUGGGCUCCCGAAGGCUGCAGUGAUCACUCACCUCCAAAGUUUGAAGGCAGCAGCAGGUUUUUGGGCAUUCGGGGCGACUGAAGAUGAUGUGGUGUACAUUCCUCUGCCCCUCUACCACAGCGCAGCUUCCUUGAUUGGUAUAGGAGGAACCAUAGAGCUGGGUGCGACCUGUGUCUUGAAGAAGAAGUUCUCAGCCUCCCAGUUCUGGAAUGACUGUAGAAAACAUAACGUGACUAUUUUCCAGUAUAUUGGUGAACUCUGCAGAUACCUCUGCAACCAGCCUAAGACAGAGGUCGAUAAAUUUCAUAAGGUGCGGAUGGGAGUCGGGAACGGGUUACGGCAGGACGUCUGGCGGGAGUUCCAGAGUCGCUUUGGAAACAUUAAAAUGUGCGAGGUGUAUGGCUCCACUGAGGGAAACCUGUGUUUCAUGAACCACAUCGGCAAGAUUGGGGCUGUGGGCCGCUCCAACUUCUUCUACAGGCUCCUGUUCAAGUAUGAACUGGUAAAGUAUGACAUGCAGAAAGAUGAACCAGUGAAAGAUGAGUGUGGUUUCUGUCAGCGAGUGGAAAGGGGUGAAACAGGGCUUUUACUGUCCAAGGUGAGCACCAUUAGCCCCUUCUUUGGCUAUGCUGGAGGCAAGCACCUGACUGAGAAAAAGCUGAUGAGGAAUGUGUUUGUGAAGGGAGAUGCCUACUUUAUCACAGGUGACCUAAUGGCUGAAGACUAUGAGGGCUUCAUCUGUUUCAGAGAUAGAGUGGGAGACACCUUCAGGUGGAAAGGUGAAAAUGUAGCAACAACAGAGGUCACAGAGAUUCUAGGGCUGGUGGAUUUUAUCCAAGAAGUCAAUGUGUAUGGAGUGGAAAUACCAGGACAUGAGGGAAGAGCAGGAAUGGCGGCCAUGAUUAUAAGACCAGCUCACACAUUUGAUGGGAAGAAACUGUUUGAGCAUGUGAUGAGGGAUCUACCAACGUAUGCUCGUCCACUCUUCAUCAGACUCCAGGAGUUCAUGGAGAUGACAAGCACCUUCAAGCAGCAGAAGUUCCAGCUGGUGCAAAGUGGUUUCAACCCCUCAAUGAUCUCUGAGCCUCUGUAUGUGUUGGAUUACCAGCAGAAGAACUACAUUCCUCUAACAGACAGUAUCUACCAGAGCAUCCUAGCUGGAGAACGCAAGUUAUAGAGCUCACAGCUGUGAUGAUGGUUUGAAACGGUGCACAUGACAUGAUCAAGUCAGCGAAGAAGAGUCGACACAUCAACACUAAUGUCCCUAUGAGUUGUUUUUGUUUUGUUUUUUUUAAUAUAAAUAAUAUUCAAGGGUUAAAAACCAUUAAAACUGACCAAGUACCAUGAAACCCAGUACUCAGUAAAAGUUCAGGUUCAUUUUGGAAUUAAUCAGUUAAUGAAUGGAGAAGUGAAAGGAUUGUAAUACAUAAAGCAGUUUGGAGUAAAAUGCCCUGAAAAUGACCAGAUAUCAUGAAACUAUCCCUGAAAGUAAACUUUGAAAUAUUGAGACACGUUAAGGUAUAAAUUAGACACGACUUUCCUUUCAUUCAUUUGGUCAAUUUAGAGGACCACUUUAAAUGCCCUCAAACUGUACAGAAAAUCUAUUAAAAUACCUUAAUAUAUUACAAUAAAUUAAACUGUCCAUUAAUUGUUUUCUCAAAAUCCCACUGACAUGCCUUAAUUAUAUCUUCACUAAUGGAUAAAUCAAUGGAUUAAUUAAUGGAUAAGCAGUAUAGAUGAUGAAUGGAUGGACUUUCACAAACAGAAUCACACAUAUGUCUUUGCUGAUGAGUCACAUUGGUUAAGAUUUGUUCAACAUCAACAAAUUUAUCCAACAUAUUCCUACGUUACACUGACCAAUCACAGCUCACUGCAUAUCAGCUGACAUUAUGUAUUUAUGAAACGGAGUAUGAAAGCCCAAAAGUAUAUAUACGUGUGUGUGUGUGUGUGUGUCUGAGAGAGAGAGAGAGAGAAGUACUCCCAACAAGGAUGACUGCAGUCACAGGACACAUCAAACCCAGUAGAGCAGGAGUGGUGAUAAUGACUUCCCCAGGGGGAUGUAGACUCAGAGCCAACAGGUGGAUGCUUGGUGGAGGUGGGCGUUUUGAAAUGCUAUAUGAACAGCAGCAGCACAUAGCUUUCAGGAGAGCAGUGUGGCAGCAAAGCAGUGAACUGACACUGUGUCAGACAUAUGUUACAGUGACGUGUGUGUGCCAUGUUCUACUAAUGAAACUGGCUUUGCUUCAUUUGUCCAUGGAUCAGUUUCUCUGCACAGUGACAGAUUAUUACAGACUCCACUUUUCAGUGGUUUGACUCAUUGGACUUCUGUUCCAAGAUCCCAGCUGUUUUAAUGAAUUCCCUGUCAUCACUGAUAGAGAUGAUGGCCAAAACUACCAACACAAGACCCAGGUUGUAAUUGAGCAGAACUAUCCUUUAAAGGACCUGUUCUACACUUUAGAAAAUGCACUUGUGUGUCCAGUACAGUAAAAGUUUUGAGGCAUGUUUGGCAAAUUAACAACAACAACAACAACAACAAAAACCUAUUCAGUUCAGUUUCACUUAUUUGUAUAGCACCGAAUCACAACAGAAGUUACCUCAAAGCACUAGAAAAAUACAGCCCUGUUGCAGGUUUGCUGUUCACUGAUGUGAAGCUUGGUUUCUUUUUUUCUUUCUUCAUUGUAGCACUCUAAUGACUCAGGUGCCUUUAGGAGCCAACUCAUUGCUGAUGAGUUCCCAUGUUUCUUUUGUAGCUACUCUGUCACGUCCUGCUCAGUCUCAGCUGUUUUAAACAUGUCUGAUACUCAGUAAGCUGUUACAGAAACAAGCCCAGGAUGAAGCAGUAAAGUUGUGCAAUUUUAGAUAUCCUUACCUUCCCCUGACUGGAAGAGCUGCAGUCCUGACGGACUCACACAAAGCUGUGAACAGAGAUCUACAUUUACGAGACACUCACAUGGCCUGAUACCAGCUCAGAGUGAACUAACACACAGAUCAUCACCAAACCAACUGACUUGUUGGUCUGGAGGCUGAUUUAUAAUAUGAAUUAAAACACAACUUCUCACUCAGUUAUGGACUACAUAAAAUAUAUGUUUUAUUAAUCAGCUUGUUCAACACUGUGUAACUGUGACUGAAACUGUCUCAGGUGAAAUGAUACUGAUCCUAUAGUUGCAGAACAUCUCACAUUCGUCCAGCUAUGUCAGUUCUUCAUGUUGUAUGUUCCAAUCAGAUAUUUGUUAGAACAAUGUGACACAUUCACACCUCUGCUGCAGGCAGGAAGUUAAAAGAACAAAUGACAGAUUUUUAAAAUCCUGUUUAGAUCACAGAACUAAAGUAUCAUGACAAAAUAUUUCUAUCAUGUCAGCAGGGACAAAUGCUGUGGUCUCAGCUGGAUCGAUCUGAUGAUGUCGGACAUCCUAAUCAUGAUGGUUAAAAUGUAUCCUUACUGUAAAAACUCAGAUCUAAAGGAUCAUUACAGUCUCCUUCCCAGUUUUGGCUAAAGGUUCAUGUUUUGUUCCAUGUUCAUGCCAAAUCUAACAAAAACAGACAAUCUGCAAAACAUUGGACUCUAUUUUGACUUCACUGUAGCCAGCUACAGAUUCAUGCUCAUUUGGUGACUAAUCUAUUCUGUGAGAAUCGUAGAAAAUCAUGCAUCACAGUAAAUGAAGUACUUUCAAAACUUAAUUCACUAAAGAGACAUCAUAUGAUAAUGGAGAGCAGAAAACAAAGAAAGAUAUAAUGAACAUGUUAUCACAGCACAUUAACUGUUGUCAUUGCACAGUAACACUGUACUGCUCAUGAUCUCGGGGUUUACAGAACAUUACUGAACUAUAGAAGCUCUGGGUAUGCAUACAAACCUAAUCUCCAUCAGGUCACACAAUUAUCAUAUUGUAAAAACACCACCAAGAGAACACAGUGGCAGUGUUACCAUAUAAUAUGUGAUCCCCACAUGAGCAAAGCUGUGGGUAUAGGCUCACUAACAGAGGGGAGGGCUGUAUGACAGUAAAUCUAAUGCAGUGUUUGUGAAUCUGAGCUAUGGUCCAGCUCCGGCAUCAGACCGCCAGCUCAGGUUCUGUCAUCCUGUCCUGGACUGCCUCCUUUCUUCUCUGGUCCCUGCCGUACCUUUGACACAAACAAGCUGAGCCGCAGAGCACAUGCAACACUCUGACUUUCACUUUUGCCCAACAGAUUGACUGUGUUGCAAUAACAACCUCGUAAUACGGUUAUCUGAUUUGAUUUCAUCCUCUUGUUGUGUGUCUCCCAGUCUGAUAUGGGUCUGUGAUGUUCUGUCCACUGACAGCUGAGCAGUCUGACUGAGAUAAACUCAACUCUCUUUCUUUGUUUUUGAAGUUUGUUUUUGUUUUUUUUGUUUUUUAAAUUAUACAUGAUUAUAAUUUAGUUCCUUUAAAAUGACCUCUGUCCCCACUAUUUCUGUGCAGAGACAGUAAUAGUUUGCCAUAGAUGCUCAUUUAGCUUGUGAAUAGACAGACAGACAGAAAGGAACACUCAGUGACAUAUGGACUGAGUUACAGGAACCAGUGGAGCAGAGCUCAGAGAUAGCGUCAGGACUGUGGCUCUCUGUUAGAGAAUGCUUGAACACCUCAUAUCUUCUGCUCCCUCUUUUCUUUGUCUAGCUCUGUGUUAAGUCUCUUUUAGUCUAGCUUUAAAACUCAGUUAAAUUUCAACUGCUUUUCUUUUGACUGAUUUUGAGUGUGUUAACCCUCUGCACGUUUGUUUAAAUUUCAGAAUGUACUAGCGUUUGACAGGUAAUAUAUUGAACUGAAGAUAUACCAGUCAUUUUUAUCCUGGGUAAUUGCUAUUUCUUCUGUUAAUCAGUGACCCAUAUUCAGGCUUGAUGCAAACAUGGUGUACAAAAUACUCAAAGAAAUAAAUCUUGCUUGACUGAAUACAAAAAA